AAGGUUUUUCGCGCGUGAUAUCACAUUUCGAAACACGGCGGGUGCAAACAAGGCACAAGCGGUUGCUUUACUAUCCACGUCAGAUCGAUCCGUCUUCUACCGAUGCAGUUUUGAGGGCUUCCAAGACACACUCUACGUUCAGUCCAAACUCCAAUUUUACCGCGACUGUGAUGUUUACGGGACCGUCGACUUCAUCUUUGGAAACGCAGCCGUCAUUUUUCAGAAUUGCAAUAUCUACGUACGGCGUACUCCUACUGGCACCAAUACAGUCACUGCUCAAAAUAAAUCCAACCAAAAUCAAACCACGGGAAUCAUCAUCCACAAUUCACGUGUCACUGCUGCUACGGAUCUUCUACCGGUUUUGGGAUCCACGAAAACGUAUUUGGGUCGACCAUGGGACAAAUACUCGACGACGGUUUUCAUGAAGACAUAUCUCGACCGUCUUAUUGAUCCACGUGGCUGGCUUGAGUGGAAUCAGACUACCGAUGUCAGCACUUUGUUCUAUGCGGAGUUUCAGAAUAAGGGUCCAGGUGCUUCAACAUCAGGUCUAGUCACAUGGCCUGGGUUUCGGAUCCUUCAUUCUGCUUCAGAGGCUUCGAGGUUUACCGUUGGUACUUUCCUUGCUGGCAGCUCCUGGAUUCCACCCGGUGUGCCAUUUACUUCUGGUCUCUGAGUUGAUAUAUAAUAUGUAUUGCAUAGACUUCAUUUUAAAUGUAACUUGUUCUAAAAAUUCACAUAGGAAUACAAUGUAGUGGGUUAGACUUUUAGCACUCUUUUUUUAUGGACUAAUAAUACUUGCGAUGUUACAAUUGUGAUUAGAAAGAGUAGAGGUAGACGAGAAGAGGAUGGAAUAGUUGAUCGGUUUCUUUGCCACAAGCUUCCUUCCUGCCUUCUUCCCGCUCCAUGUCCCACGCUAUCUGCCUUC